AUAAUUGGUCUCACUCUCUACGCGUCCACAUUUCCUCACCUACAUUACUCUCUCUCUCUUUCUGUAUCUCACUCACAUAAUAGAUUAAAACCAGCCAGGUAGCAGACCAGACUUGGCUUGCUAGGGAAUCAAAAUCAAAGACUUUUUUUCCUUUGUUGGUUUGCUCUCUAUAUAUUUGUUAAAAAAAAUUAAUAAAGACCCGCUUAUUAUUUAUUUUUUUAUUUUUUCAAUUGGGUUUCUCUUUAUUUUUGGUUUUGGUGGCUUUUUCUAUACGUUGGAUUUGGGUUUCUCCUUGUCUGAUGGGUGUUGAACCUAGUGGUGAGGACGGCAAAGUUAGAUCUUUUGGCUGAGUUGGGUCAAGCAGACUCGGUUUCAGAUCGAUUUCUCAGUUGGGUUUUCUGGAUUUGUGUAGCAUUUGUUGAAGUGUGUGAGAUUUAGCCGUGCUUUUGUGGUGAGUUUGAUCAGUGAUGGACACAAGGGGUAGGCUUGUUGCUGGGUCUCACAAUAGGAAUGAGUUCGUUCUGAUCAAUGCAGAUGAGAAUGGAAAGAUAAAGUCUGUGAAAGAAUUGAGUGGGCAAAUAUGUCAGAUUUGUGGGGAUGAAGUGGAGCUUACGGUGGAUGGAGAGCUCUUUGUUGCCUGCAACGAAUGUGCUUUCCCUGUGUGCAGGCUUUGCUAUGAAUAUGAGAGAAGAGAGGGCAAUCAGGCUUGUCCUCAGUGUAAAACCAGAUACAAGCGCCUCAAAGGAAGUCCUAGAGUUGAAGGUGACGAGGAAGAAGAUGACAUUGAUGAUUUGGACAAUGAGUUUGAUUAUGGAAACCUUGAUGGUCUUGGGCCUCAGGAAGCUGCGGAGGCAAUGCAUUCUGCACGCCUUAACACUGGCCGUGGUUAUCACUCUAAUGCGUCUGGAAUCCCCACAUUCUCAGAACGUGAGACAUCUCCCCUUAGUCCUGAUAUCCCUCUGUUGACCUAUGGCGAGGAGGAUUAUGAGAUUUCUUCUGAUCAGCAUGCUCUUAUUGUACCUCCAUUUAUGGGUCAUGGAAACAGAAUCCAUCCAAUGCCCGUUCCUGAUCCAUCUAUACCAUUGCAACCAAGACCAAUGGUUCCUAAGAAAGAUAUUGCAGUAUAUGGGUAUGGGAGUGUGGCUUGGAAGGAUCGGAUGGAGGACUGGAAGAAAAGGCAAAAUGAUAGACUUCAGGUUGUACAGCACCAAGGAGACAAUGAUGGGGGAAACUUUGGUGGAAAUGAACUAGAUGAUGAUCCUGAUUUGCCCAUGAUGGAUGAAGGCAGGCAGCCACUUUCAAGGAAGUUACCCAUUCCUUCAAGCAAAAUAAAUCCAUACCGACUGAUUAUAAUAAUUCGUCUUGUUAUCCUUGGGUUGUUUUUUCAUUAUAGACUUCUCCAUCCAGUUAAUAGUGCAUAUGGCUUGUGGUUGACAUCAGUUAUAUGCGAAAUAUGGUUUGCUGUAUCAUGGAUUCUUGAUCAGUUCCCAAAAUGGUACCCAAUAGAACGAGAAACAUACCUUGACCGGCUAUCACUGAGGUAUGAAAAAGAAGGGAAGCCAUCUGAGUUGGCCAGUGUAGACAUCUUUGUGAGUACAGUUGAUCCAUCAAAAGAGCCUCCUCUAAUUACUGCAAACACGGUUCUCUCCAUUCUUGCGGUUGAUUAUCCAGUAGAUAAAGUCGCUUGCUAUGUCUCGGAUGAUGGUGCUGCGAUGCUUACUUUUGAAGCACUUUCCGAGACAUCAGAAUUUGCAAGAAAAUGGGUUCCUUUCUGUAAAAAAUAUAAUAUUGAGCCAAGGGCCCCAGAAUGGUAUUUUUCACUGAAGAUAGACUAUCUGAAAAACAAAGUUCAUCCAGCAUUCGUCAGAGAAAGACGUGCAAUGAAGAGAGAAUAUGAAGAAUUUAAGGUUAAAAUAAAUGCGCUUGUAGCCACAGCACAAAAAGUUCCCGAGGAUGGCUGGACAAUGCAGGAUGGGACUCCAUGGCCUGGCAACAAUGUACGGGACCAUCCUGGCAUGAUUCAGGUUUUCCUCGGCCAUAGUGGUGUUUGUGAUGUGGAAGGAAACGAGUUACCUCGUCUGAUUUAUGUUUCUCGUGAAAAAAGACCAGGAUUUGACCAUCAUAAGAAGGCUGGAGCCAUGAAUGCCCUGGUACGGGUCUCGGCAGUUAUUUCAAAUGCUCCUUAUCUUCUGAACGUUGACUGUGAUCAUUAUAUUAACAAUAGUAAGGCACUAAGAGAGGCCAUGUGUUUCAUGAUGGACCCCCAAUCAGGGAAGAAGGUUUGCUAUGUACAGUUUCCUCAAAGAUUUGAUGGGAUUGAUCGUCAUGAUAGAUACUCAAAUCGGAACGUUGUAUUCUUUGAUAUCAACAUGAAAGGCUUAGAUGGGUUACAAGGACCCAUAUAUGUCGGAACUGGAUGUGUUUUCAGAAGGGUAGCACUUUAUGGAUUUGAUGCACCUGCCAAGAAGAAGGCCCCUAGCAAAACCUGUAACUGUUGGCCAAAAUGGUGCUGCUUGUGUUGUGGCUCUAGAAAGAAGAAUGCGAAGACAAAGAAGGAGAAAAAGAAGAAACCUAAGAACAGGGAAGCAUCAAAACAGAUACAUGCACUUGAAAAUAUUGAAGAGGGAAAAGAUGAACCAAACACUGAGAAAUUAUCCAAUAUGUCACAAAUGAAAUUGGAAAAGAAGUAUGGGCAGUCUCCAGUGUUUGUAGCCUCCACACUGUUGGAAAAUGGUGGAGUUCCUCAGCAUGUCAGUCCUGCAUCACUCUUGAAAGAAGCCAUCCAAGUCAUCAGCUGUGGUUAUGAGGAUAAAACAGAAUGGGGAAAGGAGGUUGGCUGGAUAUAUGGUUCUGUGACUGAAGAUAUAUUGACUGGAUUUAAGAUGCACUGCCAUGGCUGGCGGUCUGUGUACUGCAUUCCCAAGAGGCCAGCAUUCAAGGGGUCAGCUCCUAUCAACCUCUCAGAUCGUCUACACCAGGUUCUUCGGUGGGCCCUUGGAUCUGUUGAGAUUUUUUUGAGCAGGCAUUGUCCAAUCUGGUAUGGCUAUGGGGGUGGUUUGAAUUGGUUGGAACGGUUUUCCUAUAUAAACUCCGUUGUGUAUCCUUGGACAUCCAUUCCCUUGAUCGUUUACUGUACUCUGCCAGCCAUCUGUCUUCUCACUGGACAGUUUAUUGUUCCUGCGAUUAGCAAUUACGCGAGUCUAUUAUUCAUAGCCCUUUUCAUAUCUAUAGCUGCAACUGGUAUCCUUGAAAUGCAGUGGGGAGGAGUUGGGAUCGAUGACUGGUGGAGAAAUGAGCAGUUCUGGGUGAUUGGAGGUGUGUCAUCACAUCUUUUUGCCCUUAUCCAAGGUCUACUCAAGGUUUUGGGUGGUGUCAGCACAAACUUCACGGUUACCUCUAAAGGGGCAGAUGAUGGAGAAUUUUCCGAGCUGUACAUCUUCAAGUGGACAUCAUUGUUGAUCCCUCCCACAACUUUGUUGAUCAUAAACAUAGUUGGGGUGGUUGUUGGAAUCUCAGAUGCCAUCAAUAAUGGGUAUGAUUCUUGGGGCCCACUUUUCGGUAGGCUAUUUUUUGCCUUUUGGGUCAUUGUCCACCUUUACCCCUUCCUCAAGGGUUUACUAGGGAAACAAGAUCGGAUGCCAACCAUUAUUUUGGUCUGGUCUAUCCUGCUGGCCUCGAUCCUAACUCUUAUGUGGGUCCGAAUCAACCCAUUUGUGUCGAGAGAUGGUCCUGUGUUAGAGGUUUGUGGGUUGAAUUGUGACAAGUAGGAAACACAAAUAAAGCUUUAAUUGCUUCUCAGCCACUACAAUCUCCAGGUAUAGUUAUGGUGUUGCAGAAGAGAUAUUUGUUAUGUGGGUUGAGACUUUCAUGCAAUUGCACGAAUUUGUGGGAAUGCAAGUUUUGGUCUUGGGAUAUGUAGAUACAAAAGAGCAUGGGGCUGACACAUUAUUAUUUUGUUUUAUAGGGUUUCAUUAAUUCUUUUAUUACAUUCCAAUGAGUUCUAGGGCAAAUUCUUCAGUACCUGUAUUACAAAGAGUAUUGAAUUAUAAUUUAUUCCCUUUAAGUUGGGAUGUGUAGUUUAAAUGUCUGUGUUGUUUGUCUCAUACACUGUGGACUUCGGACUUUGUUAUGUAUCUUCUCGAUUUGGAGUUCUAAAUGUUAUGGAUUUUUUUGAUUCUAUCA